AUGCUCAAAAAUAUCCGUUACUUCUGCCACACUUUCAAUUUGCACUCAAUCUUUUCUGAUACAAAAUCUGCAUCCGAAACAUCACGCAUUGUAACCAAGAUACAUGUGGAUUCUUUUGGAGGCCUGCAAACAAAGAUUCAACAUUCUAUUAAUGAGCAGUAAACAAUCCACCAGUCUCUUGCAGUGGUCUUGAUUA